AUGUCAAUAGAUUUGGAAAGAGGGAAAGGGGCAGAGAGAUCAGAACAAGGUGAGAGUUUAGAGGGAAAUUUUCUUGCCUCGUACUAUGCUUAUAGAAGAGUAUACGCCCACCAAAGACUUAUGGCCCGGGCAGAGAGCAGCACCUGUACCUAUCCACCGCCACCGCCACCGCCACCGCACCGCUUUGGAGCCAUUAAUUCUGGUAUCCACAGCGAAGCAAAGCAGACAACUAAUCAAUCAUACAAGCAGGACAGCAACCGUGCCUCUCUUGACUGA